AUGUAUUUCGGACCAAUCCGCCAGGCAACCUCAUCACUACACAAUAAUAAAUGCCUCAAUAGCUGGCAAGAGACAGCGUGGAAAGCCAAAAAAAAAAGGAUAGAUCGAUUCAUCAAAGGAAAGCCUUGGGACUUGACGAGCCAGUGCAAGGAACCAGCUGAGUGGACGGAACCUAUCGUUGGAGUCCAAGAGCUCAACGAGCAGCACAAAGCUAUUGGUCUCCCUUUCUUUCCAAUUACGACGGGCGGUGGCGGAAGCAGCUUGGGGGACGAGAGGCCGACCAUCCCACCACACUUCCUCCACCACUUCUACCCCUUCACGGAUUUGAGCCAACUUCACCUGGGUUUCUCCAUCGGCCACAACCUCCAGUGA